UGAUAAUUUGUGUAUCUGUCACACAUGUUAACUAUUAAACAUCAUAAGGAAUUGAAAAUAUAGAAAUAAACUCUCUAACAAAAAUGUCAAAGGAAACUUGCGACGAAGAAGUAGAUCUAACCUAUGAGGAAUUUUUACUUGUCCAUCAAAACCAAUUGGAGAAUUCAUGUGUACCACAGCUGUACUGGGCAGCUCUUUUUAGAAAGUUGAAAAAUGAGAUAUUUGAUGCUGGUGAGGUGUUCCAGAUUCAGUGUGUUGAACAGGAGGUAGAUGAUGAGGUCAGUGAGGGAAAUGAAGAAAAUGCUGCCAGCAGAAAUACUUGGAGAGUUAUUGUCAAUAAUGAAGACGGGAUCAAAUGCAUCGAUAAAAAACAUAUUUACCUUAUUGAUCAUGCAUGGACAUAUCGUGUACAUGAAGCAAGGCAGUACUUGAUGCAAGUAGCAGGGCUGAAGGAGAGGAUGUGUGCAUUGAUGGACGUCCCAAUAGAAAAUAGAGAGGAGAAAGAAGUAAUAGAUGAUAUACUGAAGGAAAUGUGGAAGUUUAAUAACACAUACAGUAUUGGGAACUAUGAACUAGGUACAAAUGAGCGUCUUCCUAUAUGGUAUGUAAUGGAUGAGUUUGGUUCCCGUAUUCAACAUUCAGACAUGCCUUCAUUUAAGAUGGCACCUUUCAUGUACGGACCACAAAAUCUGGCAUUUUCUAUCAUAUGGCCAGUUAGAGAUUUGGAGAAAGGAGAGGAAGUAACCAGAGAUUAUGUACCAAAUAUUCAGCAUCCAGUAAGGAGAAAAGCUCUACUGUUACCCUGGAUACCGUGUGACUUUACAGAUAUUUCAUAUGAACAACCAGAGCCUGAUCCUUCUUUUUUCUCUGCACACAGGAUAGAAGAAGACACAGGACCAGGUCUGACAGAUGUUCCUCCACUACCUACUGACAGGAAGUUAAAAGUUUGUCUAGAUUACCCACAAUCCCCAGAACUGACGGACAGCAGGUUUGUAAUGGUGGAAACUGGUGAAGAGGCAGACAUUCUCUGGACACGCCAUAGCUUCAAAGAGUAUUGUUCCCUUUAUGGUGGAGGCACUUACAAAUACAUUAAUCAGUUUCCAAGUGAACAGUGUUUAACAGUAAAAGAUUUGUUACCAAUUGUGUGUCGACGAGCAGGGAGUGGAAAGUUUGAUCCAGAAACCCUGGAAGGUUCACCAAAAUGGUUGCCAGUCUCAUUUAAUCUAAAUACUGAAAUGGACAAAUUUGUUUCCUACUUUCAACACCGAGAAGAAAAAGGUUUGGAUAAUGUGUGGAUUUUGAAGCCCUGGAAUUUGUCUAACUCAGCAGACAUUACAGUUAGUAAUGAUAUCAACCAAAUUGUACGCUUCUCUGAAAGUGGACCAAAGAUAGCAUGUAAGUACAUCUCGGACACAGUUACUAUUUACAGAGAGGACAUCAAGUCAGAUGUGAAGGUGGACUUUCGUUUCCUUGUGUUUAUGGCCAGUAAAAAUCCACUAAAACUUUGGGUGUAUAAACCAUUUAGUGUCAGAAGGGGGCACAAACAGUAUGAGCUUACCGACUUUGAUGAUUUCUUGAGACAUUUGACAUAUGUUGGUCUCUAUGAAUAUAACGUAUACAGACCUGGUAUGUAUACAGAACAGUUUAUAGAACCGUUUGAAGCUGAAAAUCCAGGAUUUAAAUGGGAAACUAUAGAGGCUGAAAUACACAAGAUGUUUCUGGAAGUAUUCCAGGCAGCAACCAGUAAAGAUCCCCCAGCAGGAUUGGACAUUUUCCCCUCUCUAGGGCCGUUUUUAUGGUAUUGAUUUACUGUUACAGUGGAGCACAAAUGAAAAA